AUGAGCGUCGCAAACGAGACUCCUAUUACAGAAGCGGUCGCCAACGACAAGAUAGAAAGUGAAAAAGUCGAGGCCGCUCAGAGCGAGGCAGUCCAUGCUACUACUUCUCUCGACCGUACCCCCACAGCAACAGCCCGGUUGCACAACGGCACCAGCGCGGCAUCAAUCAGCAGCGCCGGUGACGGCGAUGCUUUGGAUCUUCUCCAGGAGCAUCUCCCCGGCAUCAGAUACCACGAAGGACGGGAAAGCACGAUCGAGGAUGUGCGAGACGUGAUCACACUGCUCAACGAAGCCGCGAUACCGGCGUGCGUCAUCGGCGCCAACGCUCUCCGAUAUUUCGGAGCCGGACGAGUCACGGCGGAGUGGGACAUUUGCGUCCCGGACGAGAGCCUCGAUGACGCGGCGGGCAUCUUCUCGGCACACGAGGCCUACAAGCGCGCCCGGCCGCCGCCCAUGGUGCCGUACUCGCUCCGCCACCUCCACCCCGCCUUUCAGCUGCGGGCCGCCGAGCUGUUCUUCAUCCUGACGCCGUCGUCGCGCUGCUGCGUCGACCCCAGACCCGAGCACUGCGAACGCAGCAACAAGGGCAUUCCCUACCCGCAGAUGGCGCAGUUCGCGCGCUCACUCUUGAUCAUGCAGGCUGGCGCCGAUCUAGAGGACUUUGUCGACGGCAUGGACUUGGACGUGCAGUGGGCUGAGGCCAAUAUGGACUUUGCCGAUCUGCAGCAACAGGCGCGUGCCUUCUGUCGCGCGCAGAAUCCUGUUCUGGAAGAGAAGGGCCUGGGACAGUUCAACGAAACCUUGGAUCGCCGGGGACUUUGGGAGAGCAUUGUUCGUACCAAGGAGAAGCGCAUCGACGACACCAAGGAGGGGCGGUACAAAACCCGUUGGCGUCGCAUCAAGAACGAUAUGGAUCCACGCACUCGCGACAGGGAGAUGUAG